ACUCGCUGUUCCUAUAAUGAAAUAUGCCCGAGACAUAAGGAUUUAUUAUUAUCAUUAUUUCUUAAAUCUCUCUCGGAUGUAGGAUUUCACUGACUUUGUUCUUUUCUGAAAAGUACUCGGGAGCAGGUAAAUGGGAAAUAUGGCAGUUAGGAGCGUCCUUUGAAGUCUUUUCCCUUUUCGUCGCUGGAUUGAUCGUGUAAUUGAGAGGGUGUUGUUUGAAAAGCCUCAUGUUUUCACCGGGUCAAGAGGAGCACUGUGCGCCCACCAAAGAGCCAGUAAAGUACGGCGAACUGGUGGUUUUGGGGUACAAUGGUUCACUCCCCAAUGGAGACAGAGGGCGAAGGAAAAGCCGGUUUGCCCUUUACAAGAGAACCAAAGCCAAUGGUGUCAAACCCAGCACUGUACACAUCCUUAACACGCCACAAGCCAGCAAGGCGGUGAACUGUAAGGGCCAGCACAGCAUCUCCUACACGCUGUCCAGAAACCAGACGGUGGUGGUGGAGUACAGCCAUGACAAAGACACAGACAUGUUCCAGAUUGGACGAUCAACGGAGGGCCCUAUUGACUUUGUGGUGACUGACACCGUGUCAGGCGGAGGGGAGAGUGAAGACACACCCAUCACUCAAAGCACCAUCUCCCGCUUUGCCUGCCGGGUGGUGUGUGAACGUAACCCGCCCUACACAGCACGUAUCUACGCUGCAGGCUUCGAUUCUUCCAAGAAUAUAUUUCUCGGAGAGAAAGCAGCCAAAUGGAAGAAUCCAGAUGGUCACAUGGACGGGCUGACAACCAAUGGUGUGCUAGUCAUGCACCCGCGGGGCGGGUUCACAGAGGAGUCCAAGCCUGGUGUGUGGAGGGAGAUAUCAGUGUGUGGAGAUGUUUACACACUGAGAGAAACACGGUCCGCUCAAACUCGAGGCAAACUGGUGGAGAGUGAGAGUAACGUACUCCAGGAUGGCUCUCUGGUUGACCUGUGCGGAGCCACGUUACUCUGGCGCACAGCCGAUGGCCUUUUCCACACCCCCACUCAGAAGCACCUAGAGGCUUUGCGCCAGGAGCUCAACGCAGCCCGGCCUCAGUGCCCCGUGGGACUCAACACCCUGGCCUUUCCCAGCAUGCAACGCUGCAGCCGUGCCCUGACCAGUGUCCCCCCCCAGGAGGACAAGCAGCCCUGGGUCUAUCUUGCUUGUGGCCACGUUCACGGCUACCACGACUGGGGCCACCGUUCUGAACGAGACGCCAAUGCUCAAAGAGAGUGUCCCAUGUGCAGAACCGUGGGCCCCUACGUGCCACUCUGGCUCGGAUGCGAACCAGCCUUUUACGUAGAUACUGGUGCACCAACGCACGCCUUCGUACCUUGCGGCCACGUGUGCUCUGAAAAGUCAGCCCGCUAUUGGGCGGAGAUUCCUUUACCGCACGGCACCCACGCUUUCCAUGCCGCCUGCCCCUUCUGCUCUACCCAACUCAAUCUGGCGCAAAAGUGGGCAAAGCUCAUUUUUCAGGAGCCUGUAGACUGAG